AAUAAAAAAAAUGUUGUACCUAUUUAAGAGUAUAGGAUAUUAUUUGAAAAAUAAAGAAAAUGAGGACAUUUAUAGGAAAAUCAAAUUAAUAUAGAUUUGGUGCAUGAAGGUAUAUCUCUUAAUACAGAAAAUGAGAUAUGACCAAAAACAUAUUCACCAUUUCAAAACUCUACCUAUAUUUUCAUCUCUUACCACCUCUAUUCACAUGCUCUCAAAACAAAAGCAAAAAUAUCAAAAUUUCAUAUCUGCUUAGUGAAAAAAAGGCUCAUGGAUUCUUCAUCUUUUUCAUCCUCACUAUCCAUCACCAGAGAAGAGUUCAACGCUUUCCACAAGUUUGAAAGAGAUCUUUUCACUCGUAUUGUCAUAAGUCUAAGACGAGACAUUAGCCUGUCUUUUGAGAUUAUGUGCUUUCUCAUCUAUCUCGAGAAAAGUGUUUUCAUGAGCAAACUAAUCUUUAAUCUUGUUUCAUUCCCGGACCUUUUCAUCAACAGCGUCGUUGACGAAGUCGUCAUGUGUCUGCGCUGCUUAUCCUACGAAAAUUUCCCAUCGUUCGUGGCCAGCUUGAAAAAUAUCAACUCCUUAUCUAUACCUUGGAUCAGGCGUAUGACCAGACAGAACUUUACUCUCGAAGGCAUCCACCAAAAGCGCGAAGACAUUCUCCUUGAGAUGAAGAAGCAUUUAACGAGUAUAUGCUACCCAGCUUUUGAGGAUAUAUGCGUGCGCUUUGAGAUGCACAACAAGGAGAAGAUGCAUACCUCUAGCCACUUCUUGUGUGGUCAACAAGCAACAACUAAUCAUGCAGCAGGAACAAGCAACGUUGAGGGACAGCAACUAACGGCUGAGGACAGGACUGUCUUCCUCACAUUCUCUAAAGGAUACCCAAUCUCUGAAGUAGAAGUGUAUGAAUAUUUCACCAGGAGAUUUGGAGAUAUUGUGGAAGCGAUACACAUGGGUGGAGUAGGAGGGAAGGACCUGCAAGCGCUGUAUGCAAGGAUGGUGUUACGUUCUGCCGCCAAGAUUCCAGAGAUUGUAAAGGAUGAGGCGUGCCCGACCAAGUUCACCAUUAAUGGAAAACAUGUUAAGGCUCGGAAAUUUAUUCCCAUUCACAAAUCCGUUAAUAAUCUUCCUCACCCUUCCUUUGGUGUCUCUCUCUAGUUACAUAUGUUUUUUUUGUUUGAUCUUCAGGAGUUCUAAACCCCACUUCAAAAAAAUUGGGACCUAUUUUAUUAUGGAUGGGGGACUUUUAUUUGGUUGGUGAUUGACAUUUAUCUCAAAAACUAUUUAGCAUGGACUCAAAUUCAAAACUAUACUUUUCCCCUUUAACC